UCCUCUUCUGACCCGGUUUUAACCUGAGCCCUGACGUGCGGGAGGCGGAGUGCCACCGCUCAAGACCGAGGGCUUCAUGCGGGCCGAGGAGCAGGUCCGGCCCAGCGCCAACGAGCCACUGUGGCCCCAGACAGGCCCAGGGAGACCUGGGUGCUAUCAUUAGUCCCACCUCAAUAAAGAGCUGCUGAGGCUGGAUGGUCAUGGGUGAGCCUGGUAGAGAGGAAUAUAAAAUCCAGUCUUUUGAUGCAGAGACCCAGCAGCUGCUGAAGACAGCACUCAAAGAUCCAGGUGCUGUGGACUUGGAGAAAGUGGCCAAUGUGAUUGUGGACCAUUCUCUGCAGGACUGUGUGUUCAGCAAGGAAGCAGGACGCAUGUGCUACGCCAUCAUUCAGGCAGAGAGCAAGCAAGCAGGCCAGAGUGUCUUCCGCCGCGGACUCCUCAACCGGCUGCAGCAGGAGUACCAGGCUCGGGAGCAGCUUCGAGCCCGCUCCCUGCAGGGCUGGGUCUGCUAUGUCACCUUUAUCUGCAACAUUUUUGACUACCUGAGGGUGAACAACAUGCCCAUGAUGGCCCUGGUGAACCCUGUCUACGACUGCCUCUUCCGGCUGGCCCAGCCCGACAGUCUGAGCAAGGAGGAGGAGGUGGACUGCCUGGUGCUGCAGCUGCACCGGGUCGGGGAGCAGCUGGAGAAGAUGAACAGGCAGCGCAUGGAUGAGCUCUUUGUCCUGAUCCGGGAUGGCUUCCUGCUCCCCAGCGGCCUCAGCUCCCUGGCCCAGCUGCUGCUGCUGGAGAUCAUCGAAUUCCGGGCAGCCGGCUGGAAGACGACUCCGGCCGCCCAUAAGUAUUACUACAGCGAGGUCUCUGAGUAGGCCUCCAGAUCAGGCUUCCUCACCAGCAGCACCGGCCUUUCUUCUACCCGCCUCCCAACCUGGCAGUGGAGUCUUUGCCUUUCCCAAAGACUUUCCCUUCCAAGACUUUUAAAAGCACCCGAGGUGUUCCCCACUCCCAACAUGGUCCUGCCCUGAGUACCUUCCCUCCCUGAUUCCAGGAUCGGGGAAAACACCAAAUACACCUGCCACCGCAGCCACAUCAGCUUUUCUCUCCUAUUGCUUUUGACCUGGGCCAGGCAGAAAAGGGCAACUCCUAACUCUCUAACCAUUGGUGCAAGUUAUCUUUGUGCCUCAGUUUUCCCCAUCUGUAAAAUGGGCAUGAACAGCCAUUUGUUGGAUGCUUAGGGAUAUCAAAGGGGAGAAGCAGAGCACAGGUCACACCACUGCUUUUUAUACAUUUUUUAUAAGGACCGCUUUGGAAAUGAGCAUAUUUCUUCCAGCUGGUUUUAAUGGAUGGCAGUACCACAUCACAUGCAACACCAGUUCAGGGUGAGAACUUUCUAAUAAACUCUUUCUGAUA